UCCAUAUGCCGCGCCCACAGGUUAGCACGAUGGCUACGCUAACAAGAAAUAAUACCAGUCUCACUACGCUAGUGGGGUUAUUUGGGGUCACUCUCGUGCUAUACUUCACGUAUAGCUACUUCGCGUCGUCGUCUUCAUCGUCUAUCAGGAAGUCUAAUCUAGCGGACAUCGAACGAAUGGCUAGCGAUUUCAUCGCUAGGGACUUCUCUGUCGCGGAAAUUCCAUCUGAAAUGUUGACCAACAAAGAGGACCCCGAUAUCAUGGUCAUCGCAUCUGAAGUGAACAUUGAGGGUGCCACGGGGAACCUGUUCUGUCGUGAAGCUUGGGAUAAAUCACGAGAUGGGGCUUAUGAAGGCAAUGUUUUGUUGUUGCAUGGCGCAGCCUUCUCCGCACAGACAUGGUUAGAUUUGGGAACACUGCACCAGCUGGCGAAGAUUGGUUACAGGGCAGUAGCCAUUGAUUUACCAGGGUUUGGUAUGUCGCAUUCGUUGACGUACUCCGGCGAUCCUGCCCAAUUUCUACUGAACGUGAUGAAAACACUAAAUAUCUUCCGACCUGUUAUAAUAAGCCCAUCGGUUAGUGGCGAGUACUCAUUGCCGCUUGUCUUGAAACAUCCCGAUGUUGUGCGUGGAUAUGUGCCUGUUGCUCCGGUAGGAACAUCAAAGUUCACGGUGGACGAGUACAGACAGUGUCAUGUACCAACACUCAUCAUAUACGGCGAUCAGGACGAAACACUUGGACCUGAAUCAGUGACUAACUUAAAGAACCUUCCCAUCAACCACAUCGAAAUAAUGGAACACGCUAAACAUCCCGCAUACAUAGACCAGCCUGAACGAUGGCAUAAACUACUUUACAGCUUUAUGAGAUCAAUACCAAAAUAAUAAUAAUAUAUUGGUGGAUAUACUGCGCCAUAUUAGUCUAUGGCAGGGGCGGUUUUCAAGACAAAAAUCCAAAAAAUAUGUUUUUAAUUAAAAAAUGCUCGAGAUUGAAACCUGGUAUCAAUUAGCACAAAUUGAAUUGUCGGUAGGUUUUAUCAUUAAAUAAAGUUUCUGGCGACAUUUCAA